GCCACCCCUUUUAGUACCUACUAAAAGGAGUGGCCAGGAGGUAUCUAGCCGGACAAUAUUAUUGCCGUGGGCAUUAUCUGAGGGGCUUGAGUAGAUGCUACUCUUGAGCUUUUGCUCCUCCCAAACUUCCUAUGGACUCCCCCUCGAUGAUAAUACCCAGCGCACCAACACCUUUGAUUAUGUAUUUCCCAUUUACUACGCAUGCAUAAUUACCUCCAAUCCCCCCCUUCCUCUCUUAGUGAACAAGGCUAUUAGUAACGUCUUUUAUUUUUGGUAUAACACGGCGCCGUAGUCCUAGUCAGCAACAUUGCCACAGCUACCCAAACCUCAACAAGAAUUCCCGUCGCGAAUAGGAGAACUAUUUAAAUCCAACGACAUAUCGGCGUAAAAUUGAGGAAAAUGUCACUGGAAAGCAACAGACAGAUAUCUCCUGACCGAUCGUCGCUCGAAGUUUUAUAUCCGGACCCUGCUGAUCACUCCGUUGAAGACGCUGAGGUUGAUAUCAUUGCCGUGCAUGGCCUGGGCUCAAAUGUUGACUGGUCAUGGACGUGGAAGGAUAAAAACAAAAAGGGACGAUACGUCCACUGGCUCAAAGAUCCCGAUAUGCUGCCAGCUCUCCUGCCUAAAGCCAGAAUCCUGGUAUAUAACUAUGAGUCAAGAUGGCAUGCCAACGCACCGGAAACACGCUUACAGCUCUGUGGUGAAUCUCUAAUACACUGUGUUCACAACUUCCGCAUGGGGUCUCAACGACCUAUCAUAUUUUUAGGUCAUAGUCUCGGUGGUCUGGUUAUUCUAUAUGGAUUAUUGUACGCUGAGAGCGAAGAGGAAUUCCGCUAUCUACCCAGACAGACUGUCGGUUUUGUUUCCCUCGGAACCCCCUUCCGAGGCACGCAGAUGAAGUGGAUUGCUAUUGUUAUCGCCUGGCUGAUGGCGCUUGUCUACUCACAUGUGGGCAUUAUCCGAGAUUUAGGGUACGACAAUUCUACACUAAGAGACAAGGUUCAUGAUCUCUGUAAGCUACGGGACAAACUACAUUUACCAACAUGCUGCUUCUUUGAAGAAUACAAGACAGAUUACGGUAAGAAAUUUGGGGUCCCAGGAUUGGUGAAAGCAAUGGUCGUAAAAGAGGAAUCUGCCCAUAUUGCUGGAUGGGAGCGAAGUUCACUCCCAGCGGACCAUCUUCAAAUGAAUAAGUAUUCCGGUCCAAACGAUUCCUCUUUCUUGAGUGUUUCGGCGGUAAUAGUUAAGAUGUAUAAUAAAGCUAAAGAUACAAUCGAAAGUCGGAGAUCGUUAUUAGACAGACCUCAGUUUAUGGUUCCUUUUGGCCGAAACCGUGGCUUUGUUGGUCGAGAACAAACACUGCGAUUGUUGCGGGAUAAAAUCAGUCCAGGAGUAGACCAGGAUGAUUGCCAGCGAGUUGCGCUUGAAGGUCUCGGAGGUGUUGGAAAAAGUCAGUUGGCUCUCGAAGCUGCUUACCGCGUCCGUAGCGAAUAUCCGGAAUUAUCUGUCUUCUGGGUGCCGGCGAUUAGUGAAGCAACGUUUGACAACGCCUACCGAGAGAUUGCCCAACAGCUCGGACUCAAAGAGCUCAAUGAUGAUCAAGCAGACAUGAAGCCACUCACCAAGGCUGCGCUAGAAAAGGAUAGUGUCGGUAAAUGGCUUUUUAUCCUUGACGGCGCCGACGAUGUCCAACUACUCCUCGGCGACCGGAAUUCCAAGGGUCUUGCCCAAUAUCUCCCAUUCAACCGAAAUGGAUCUAUCCUUGUUACAACGCGGACUCGCGAAGUCUCCACUGGGCUUGAUAUAUCGCAGAAGAACAUCACUAAAAUCCAAGAAAUGAGCGAGGACGAGGCUUUUCAAUUCUUGCAGAAUGAGUUGAUAGAAGACCAAUUACGUGAUAGAAAAAGUGCGUGCGAUCUACUCGAAUUACUGGCUUAUCUUCCUCUGGCUAUCAAGCAAGCAGCUGCCUAUAUGGCGAAGACAGGAAUGGUGACAACUAAAUACCUGGAUCAUUGCCGUAAAAGUAAUAGCACUCUUAUCAAGCUGCUAAGUAAGAAUUUUGAGGACUGCAGCAGGUACAAAGAUACCUCGAACCCGGUUGCAACGACUUGGCUUAUAUCAUUCGAGCACAUCUCCCGGGAUACUCCAUUGGCGGCAGAAUACUUAAAACAGUUAUGCUUCUUUGAGGAGAAAGACAUUCCUCUUAUACUACUAAAGCAGGACUCUGAACUAGAGGCCGAUGAGGCUAUAGGUGUACUAAAGGGAUACGCCUUCAUUACUGAGCGGGAAGGGACCAGUUUCGAUAUACACCGGCUUGUACGCCUCGCUAUGCGCAAUUGGAUAAAAGAGCAAGGAAGCUGGGAAGAGUGGAUUACCAAAGGGAUAAGGUAUCUUGAAUCAGGGUUCUUGCAUAUAAAAGAAGGCGACAUAAUUACCUUGAGAAAGUAUCUACCGCAUACGCAAACCGCCUUGGAAUUCCAACAAGACGCCCUGGAUAAAGAGGCUACCUGGAGACUCCUCUUCAAUACUAGCAAAUGUUAUCGGACCCUUGGAUACUAUGAGAAGGCGGAACAGACAGCCCGAGAGUCUCUCGAUCUAGCAGAAAAGAUAUUUGGUCACGAGCAUCUUCGCACACUGCUUUCAACGCAAAAUCUCGCUAUUGUGUUGCAGGCUCGAUCUAAAUAUCCGGAGGCAGGAAGUCUAAACCAGGAAUUAUUGCAACUAUACGAAAAGCUAUUAGGCCCUAACCACCCUGGUCGCCUUAUGUUUAUGAAUAACUUAGCUUUUAUAUUAGAGUUGCUAGGAAAGCUAAACGAAGCGGAAGAGAUACAUCGACAGGUAUUAGAGAUGCGUAAAGGAUUGCUGGGAGAGAAUCACGGCCACACGUUUCCCAGUAUGGAAGACCUUGACUUAAGCUUACUUGGGACGGGAAAAGAUGAAAUGCCAGAGAAACUAUGGCCGCGCGCGUUGAAAAGUCAUAAUGAAAGUCAACAACUGGAACCCAUAGAUAUCCAACGAAAAAAUGUAAAACUCGCCAUAGCUCUGGCAGACAAAGGAAAACAUAGUGAGGCAGAAGAAAUUCUUCAACAGGGGCUGGAUGUUAUGGCGACAGAUCUCGGAGUGAACCAUCCAGAAACCCUUGACGUGAAAGGAAAGCUCUUCGAGGUACUUAUGAGGCAAAGGAGGUACAGAGAAGCAGAAAUUAUGUCUCGAGGGAUAUUAGGCGCCGCAAUGGAAACAAUGGGGUUGGAAAGCCACCUCGCGCUGGCUAGCAUGUCGAACCUCGCCAGUGCGCUAUUCGAACAAGGGAAAUAUCAAGAAGCCGAAUCGAUAUAUCGACAGCAGUUAGAACUUCGGAAAAGGUUAAUCGGAGAAGAAAGCCCCCUCACGAUUGAUAGUUUAGGUACAAUUGCUUUUACCUUAUGGGGACAAAAUAAGUACGAAGAGGCCGAACUGAUACUUCGACAAGUGCUGGAACUUCGGGAGGAGGUAUUGGGUAAAGAGCACCCCAGCACGAUAUGGGCCUUAGGCAUGGUCGCUCGCCUAAUAAUACUUCAAAAUAAGUACGAAGAGGCUGUACCAAUAUGUCAACAAGCGUUGGAACUUCAGAGGAAGGUCUUAGGCAAAGAGGACCCAGGCAUGAUCGAUAACUUAUAUCAACAAACACUAGAGACCAGAAGGGGGGUAUCAGGCAAGAAACAUCUCAAAACGCUCCAGGAUACGAGGCAAAUGCUAAAUAUGCAGCAAUGUUUAAAAGGGAUGGCUAUUGAGUUUAGUAAGUUAUCAGCUCUUAAACAGAAGCUGAAAUAAACACGAUAUAGGGGAUCUUCCUCGAGCUUCAGGAUUGUACCUAACAUUAUCCCUUAGUUUAGUUCUUUUAUUCUAUAAUCUUGUAGACUGGAGUGGCCGAGCUAUCUCAGGUCUUACUAGACACCGGUGGAAUCGCUACAGCGCGCUUGCGAUACCUCGUC